AGAAAAUAGAAAAGAAAAAGAAGUUGAAUGAGAAUCCUCCUCUUUGCAUGUCGUAAUCGAUCGCAUCAACAUUUCAAUUCUCUUUCCUUUCCUUUUCCUCCUUUUCUCGAUCUCUCCGUCGGUCAUCAUCAUCAGACCCAAACAAAUUCUCUACGCAGAUCGAAUCAAAGCUCCUCCAUCCAAUUCCGAGAUGAGCACUGGCGACCUUCUCAGCAUCGAACCUCUCGAACUUAAGUUCUUCUUUGAGCUCAAGAAGCAGAUAUCAUGCUCUCUUAUAUUGUCAAAUAAGACCGAUAGCUAUAUAGCUUUCAAGGUGAAAACAACCAAUCCCAAGAAGUAUUGUGUUCGUCCAAACACCGGAGUAGUCAUGCCACAAUCUACAUGUGAUGUUAUUGUUACCAUGCAAGCGCAAAAGGAUGCUCCGGCUGAUAUGCAAUGCAAGGACAAGUUUCUUCUUCAAAGCGUAAAAGUAGAUGAUGGAACCACCGCAAAGGAUAUCACAGCAGAAAUGUUCAACAAGGAAGCAGGGCACGUGGUUGAGGAAUGUAAAUUGAGAGUGGUGUAUGUCUCUCCUACUCAACCUCCAUCUCCAGUCCCAGAAGGUUCUGAGGAAGGGUCAUCACCUCGAGGUUCUGUUUCUGACAAUGGAAAUGUUAGUGGUGUUGAUUCUGCAGCGGUAGCAAGAGCAUUUGUUGAACGGCAUGAAGGUCCAGAAAAAUCUGCAGAGGGAAAAGCUCUUAUCUCAAGGCUAGUUGAAGAAAAGAAUAAUGCAAUUCAACAAAAUAACAAGCUUUGUCAGGAAUUGGACCUACUGAGACGGGAAAGCAACAAAAGUCGUGGGGGGGUGUCGAUGGCCAUUGUCAUACUAAUUGUUUUACUUGGCAUAAUUAUGGGGUAUCUCAUGAAGAAAACCUAAGAAGUAUUUUCGAGAUUCGAUCCUUCACCACAUGUUUGAUCUUAGAGUUUUCUUGCUGCUCCUAACUAUUAAAGAAAUGAGGAUGAAAAGCAACAUAGAUUACUUCAACAGGUUUUGUUUUUUUUGGGGUUCGAUAACAAUAUAUAUGUAGAAUGGUUUCUUAAAUAGCAAAUUACUGUGAGUUGACUCAUACUUUUGGUAGCAUUCAUUCUUUAUUUUGUAACUCGAGGGAAAUUUGUUGGUUAAUAUGGUUCAUCCAUUGACUAUAUGGAAAUGUCAACGAUACUAUAUAGAAAUUUGUUGCAUAUUAAGAAUAUAAAAUAUUUUGUUUAUUUUUCA